AUGGGGGUUGCCACUUCGAAUCUACCAGGGCCAUGGUUCUUCCCAGACAGCGUGCAGAUUGUGGUUGUGUUAAAUGAUGCACGCAACAUCGCACUACUGCAGGGCGAGGAGCUUAGUGCCCUCAUCCAAGUUGAGCCUGACGACCAGCUGUAUCACUUGACGAGGGAAAGCCCGGCAAGUUUGUCAGUGAGGCCGAAUACGAUCUUGGUGGUGAAAUUCCACGCCAUUGUGCAGGGCUUGCAGGACACAGCAAGAUGCCUAGGCGAUGUCGUGCUACCUCUGAACCACGUUGCCCGCGUGUGCGCGGGAAGUCUGUACCAAGUGUGGCUGCCGUUGCAGCCUGCUUUGUCGUGUGUGCAGGAGGAGGACUACGUCGACAACUUUGACAAGGCUGUGUGGAAGGCAGCAAGAGAUCCUCGAAAGCCAAUGGUGUGUCUCAGCCUCUACGCUGGAAGCAUUCCACAA